GUGAGCUGCUUGUUGCACGUGCGCCUAGGACACUUGCCCAGGUAAAACAUGGCUAAAAGCUUACGGAGUAAGUGGAAAAGGAAAAUGCGUGCUGAAAAGAGAAAAAAGAAUGCCCCAAAGGAGCUCAACAGACUUAAAAACAUUCUCAAAGUAGACGGUGAUGCUUUAAUGAAAGAUGUUCAAGAGAUAGCAACUGUUGUAGGGCCCACACGUUGCCAAGAGAAAAUGGAGUGUGAGCUGAAAGAAGAAAAAGGUGAAGAUGACAUGACAAUGGAGACUGACAUUAAGAGGAAUAAGAAGAGCCUUCUAGACCAGCACGGACAGUACCCAGUGUGGAUGAACCCGAGGCAGAGAAAAAAGCUGAAGGCAAAGCGAGAAAAGAAGAAGGGGAAAAACAAAGCCAAAGCCGCGAAGGCAGCGAGAGGCUUAGCCUGGUAGACUCAGAAACGUCCCUGGAACGGCAGGGCCAGGAGCUUGAUGAAAUCCUCUGAUGGAUUUCAGCUUUGACCCCCAGGCGACGAUUUAUUUUACCCUGAGUCUCUUCUUCCAUUCGAACCUCAUAGAAGUGAAGUUCACCUGGAGCACACAGUUUCCUUGUCUAAAGAAAGCUGUGCUGGCGUUUUCAUUAGGGGCGGUACUACCCAGGUGUUUUCAGACGUCGGAAGUCUGUCCAGUAUGAGCUCGUGCAACUUCAUCAUCCUCAGUAAGUGCCAAACGUCCUGACAGAUUUAAGACCACUCAGACUUUGCCACAGCUAUGAAGCAACAGUAAUUGUAAAAGAUGAUGACCUGGGAUCUUAUGGGCAAUGCUUGUUUGGACCUUAAAUUUUGUUCAAUCUGGAAUAAAAACUAUUUUGCGUGUGGCUCUUAAAAGUUUGACUUUUAUCUUUAAUAAACCCGUAGUAGUUUUCCUGUGGCCAA